UGUGUAAACUGUAAAGAAAAAUAUUAAGUCUGUCUAUGGUUCACGCCUCAGAAAUAAAAUAGAGCUGCGAACCAGCAUACAAGAUGGACGGGAGUCCUCCCGAGGACCCCGAUGCACCGGAUAUUUUGGAGGACAGGCUUCAAGGAUGUUUUCCAGCCUUGGAACCCGAAGAAGACAAAAAGAAAUUAUUAUGGAUGGGGGGCGUGAUGGAGUGCUUCUCCACCGUCUUCUCCCUAUUCAGCACAGCAGACCACAAGCCACAAGAACAAGAAUGGGAGAUACCUUACGAUCAGCUGUCGAACCUGGUGUACCUGGGAGCUGGGGCCCAGGGCGUAGUCUUCAGCGGCCACUACAGGGGCGAAAUCGUCGCUGUCAAACAGCCGCAGGACCGCAACGACACAAACAUCAAACAUCUAAGGAAACUCAACCAUGAAAAUAUCGUGCAAUUCAAAGGAGUCAGCACGGACGGACCACAUGCAUACAUCAUAAUGGAAUUCUGCCAGUACGGCCCACUAUUCGAAUACAUUCAUAGUGGGUCGGGCUUCUUACCAUCGCAGAUCCUGAAAUGGGCCAAACAGAUCGCGCAGGGGAUGACUUAUUUACACAGUAAUAAGAUCAUCCACAGAGAUUUGAAAUCUCCGAACAUACUGAUCGCUGAUAAUCUCGUGGUAAAAGUGAGCGACUUUGGCACUAGUCGCGAGUGGAACGACGUAAGUGCCGUCAUGAGCUUCAAAGGGACCGUCGCAUGGAUGGCCCCAGAAGUCAUUAGACACGAACCCUCAUCCGAAAGAGUGGAUGUCUGGUCCUACGGGGUAGUUCUAUGGGAACUGCUCACACAAGAAACGCCUUAUAAGAAUUUGGAAACAAACGCUAUAUUGUGGGGCGUGGGCAAUGACACCAUUGCCCUGCCUAUACCCUCGACAUGUCCUAGUACUAUGCAGCUGCUGAUGAAGCAGUGUUGGAACCGCACACCCAGAAACAGGCCGCCUUUUAAAAUUAUCGCCGCGAAUUUGGAAAUUGCUGGGGACGAAAUGGCAUCCUACCCGGCUGACCUCUUCAAGAGGACCCAGGCUGUGUGGCGCAAGGAGAUCCGAGAAAGCAUGCUGAGAUAUUACGCGCGUGUAACGAAGGCGACGGAGGGGACGGAGGGGGCCGGGAGCGGUGACUCCAACCGUCGCGAGGAGCUGAAGGAUGCUCGCCAAGUUAAAAGAAUUUACGAGAAUCAUCUGAACCGGGCCAAUGACCUGUACCUCGAGGUGUGCUCCGUUCGCCUACAACUUGAACAGCGCGAGAAGGACUUGCAAGAACGUGAGACUGCAUUGAGGGCCUGCCGCUGUGGACAACGCCGCAACUUCAAAUACCACUACCAACCCUCUAGCUCGUCCUCUGACCUACCAGCCAACGAGGCUUGGCGCCGCCUUGGCAAGAAGAAAGAGCCGGCACAAGUUGUCGUCUGCUACACCGAGAAGAAGCAGCGAGGCUCCACCGUGACCGUCGCCGUCCCCGAGGACGACGUCGCUGAGGUCAUGCAUGACGUCACCUGUCUAUGCUCCACCAGCACCCAGCCAGAGACCAACAAUAACUUCACCACUCCCCAGAUGAAAGACACCAUCGUCGAGAAGAACGGCAACAUUGACUUCAAGCCGAAGGGCAAGCGCCGCAACGACAACCACAACAAGGUCCCAGAUAUAGCCCACGUGUAAAGCGUGCCCAUCUUAUGUGUUUGCUAAGGCUCAACUAGUGAGCCCUCUCGGUGUCCGCGAGGUAACGCCCCGCUCUUCUUAGUUGGAGGAAAGGAUCUCAUCUGGAAUCUCACUUUGUCUAUCAUUCUAUCUGUCCGUGUUUCAGGUGUAAUCAUAAAACAAUAAAAUCAAUAAAAAAAAUAACUGUUAGCGUAAGUACCCACGCUCGGUCUGUUUGUUACGAUCCAAACUAGACGGGCAAUUGUAAUCAUAUUUACUGAAUGUGUGUUGUAGUGAUUUCUUCGCGGAGGCAGCAUUUCUCGUCGUUUUACAACGAACUUUUACAGCGGUUUUAUUACACUAUAUUCUGGUCCACGAUUAAAUUGACGACAAAAUUGACGACAGACUAGCUCUUGAUUCAGAAAUGACAAUUAUCGCUUUAUGACUUUUAAUCGUAGACUUGAAUAUAGUUGCGUAAUAAGAAGACUAGCAUCCUAAUUGCGUAUUUCGACAUCUUCAGUCGCGCGUCAUCAUCUAUCAUUUAUUUUCAAAUCAUCAUCAUCGAAACUACAUCUUUUUCACUUUUUUACUUCUUCACUUGUUUUUUCUUCACAAUUAGGGUGCCAGUCGUGCUGCUUCCGAACGACAUUACAAAUAAUAUUGUGAGUAGUUCUAUCCUUUACAGUUGAUCACAAAAUCCAUGUAUUACGGUGUAAACUCAACAUUCCAUCGAAAUUGAUACCGAUCCUUUCCUUACUUCAUGUAGCGGACUGGAAGUUCACCAUCACUGUACACGGUAGCACGGCCAAGCCCACAUGAUAUAUAUUCUUAAAGACUUUUUUGUUCACGAAACGCCCCGAGACUUCGAAUAAAAUUAACAUCUAGUCUAACAAAGAUUAGGCGGCCGAAACUGGGGCUUAUAGCCUUUAAUGUGGUCUGAAACCGUCUGCCCACAUGUCAGACAAAAAUACAUAAUACCAUCAAAUCAUGCACUUUCCAUAGGUCACAAUUACUGGCACGCAACCAUCAUAUAAUGCCAAUAGUAAUUUCGCAUAAAGAAAAUGUGAACUUACCACAGUCAUCAUUACCACACCAUCAUUCAUUCAAUGACUUUUAGUCCGCGAAUUAUAACUGUUGUAGGUACGUGAAGUAGUAGUAGUACGUGUAUACAUACUAUGAUUUCGAAUUGACUAGUUUGAAUUACAUUUUCGUUGCCCCAAUUUUUAUAUACGAUCUACAUAAAAUUUCAUUGUUUUCACAACGAAGUUCGAACUAAUAAUUGAAACCAAUCAAAAUGGAAAUUUAAUAAAAAAAAAAAACGAUUUAUCGUGAACUGUAAUUACAAGCAUAUUCAUCCGAAACCUCUCCUAUGCGGAGUUAGGAUUCGCAGUUUAAAAUUGGAAUUAAAAAAUAUUCUCCAAUAACGUUAUUAUUUAGCGGAACUUUAUUCACUUAAAUAUCAGUAUUUCGAAAAUAGCACGUAAGUUUGACGAAAUUCAUAUAAAUCAGAUUCCAUAUUUCACCUGAACAUUGGCAGUCGGAAAAAGACUUGUGAUGCUAAAAAUAAUCUCCUAUUUUCAUUUCCUCUAUUAUACUUUUUUCUUAUUAAGCCUAUGAUUAACUUUUCCCGAUUUAAAUCAGUCAUCGUGUAAUAUAAAAGUACAUAACUAUAUGUACACUAGUAUAAUUAUUUAGUUUACUUAAUUUUGACAGUUUUAGCUGGCCUAAAACUAUUUACAUAUGUAUGAUUUCCAAAGAUUUUUUUUUUGUAUUUUGACGAUUUUACCAGUUUUUUAUUUUUGAUUAGGUUAGAUUGAUCGAUAGUCGUGUUCCACUGUACAGUGGGCCGACCAUUGGUUGCAGUUUUUUCACGUUCCGAUUUAGCUUUUCUACCCUAUUUUUGUAUAAAACUUAAUAUUACGAGUAGUGAAAAGUAAUAUUUUUAUAACAUAUUUUUUGCUAAGCGUGUCGCGUCGCGCGCCGUGCAGGAUACACACAGUACUUUAAUUGAAAGAUCUCUUUUGGCGUUGAAUUUAAAUCCUAAAUUCUAAAUUGAGGAACGUACUCAUCUGGCUGUUAACAAGCUUUCCGAGGCCAGUUUUGCAAAAGAGUACUUUGCCAAAUGAUUUUAACGAUAAACUUCGGGCAAAUCACUUGAAUAGCUGGCAGUACAGAUUAUCCUCCCCUUCGUACGAAGCGGAGGUAUCUGGCCUGGUUCAUCUAUCAAUAAAACUUUAAUUCCUCUCAGGAACAACUUUUGAACAACAACUUUUCAUAAAUAAAAUAAACCUGAAAAUACGGUGUUGUAUUCUGUACGGCGUAUUAUCGCGGCGAGUCGGACAGAAAGGGGGCUAAGUUAGGAAACAAAUAGUAUUAUUAAAAUUUAAUAUAAGCCCAUGCGUAUAGAAAACCAUGGUAAUCUCAUGGCGUUUGAAGCUAACGGGUAAAUUUAAGAGCAUUUCGCUCAGUUUAGGCUAUGGUGUAAUUGAAAGCGGUCUUGUACAGUCAACGUUUCAUGCUUGCUUAGGCUAGCGGAAACGUUGACUCCUUGGAUGUCAAAUUUUAGUUUCAUCGGCAUUUAACGUAUUUUUAUUUCAAUUAUGACGUCCAAGCGAAAUAAUAUUUAGGUAUUUUAUAACUGCUGUAAAAACAUACGUUUCACAACGUAUUCGUAAAAUUCAAUAUGUCUAGAAUAGUAAAACAGUUUUCAAAAUUCUUCACUAUAUAAAAUCAUGGGAGUGCACUCGACCGCUUUAGAGUUAAAAUUAGAAUUGAAUUAAGAGUGCGAUUGCUAACCUUUUGUAAAUAUAGUCGUCACGCGAGCUAAAACUUGCCAGAAGCAAAAAAUAUGUUACCGUAUCUUUAUCAUUUAUUUAUUUACUAUUUUUGUACUCUUUUUUUGGGUUCCGUACUUAUUUUUUUCUAAAUGGGUGCUCAAUUUUUUGUUAUUUACUUUAUAUUUAGGUUUAUAAUUAACGGAGUUAUGUAAGGGUCCAAAUUGUAAGAUCUCGAAACGGUUGCAUUUAUUUUUCACUGAGAUUGUUUGUAUGUUUAUUUGUGCGGAACCCGCGCGAGUUUGACUUGCGCCAUUUUGUGAUUGUAGUUAUAUUAUUUUUAAACAAGAUGUUGUUUGUAUCAGAGUGGUUUGGAAUAAACUCGAUCAGUGUUACAAGUCAAUAUAUAAACCAAAGAAUUCGGGUUGACCAUUCAACUUCUGGUACACAUCAACUUGAACUCACCGCUUAACUAAAGGUUAGGCUACUUUCACUACACUACGAAAAUAAUGUAUAGACUGCAUUUAGUCUGAUUGAUAUUUUUGACACUAUUUACUAUUAACCUCUUCUAAUGACCUUUUGGCACUGUUCUCAACAUUUAGAACGUAGUUUGGAACCACUUUUGGCACAAGAAAUAUACGAGGUAUUUUUACGAUUUUUGAAAUGGUAGCCGUAAAUUAGAAAAAAAUGGACACAAAUAUUAGGAAUAAUAAAAUAAUAAGAAAUAAAAAUGGACACAAGUACAGAAAUCUGUAGCUGACGGUCAAAAGUCACUAUUUUAUCUGCAUUUACACCCGACAGUGCCAAAUUGUCGCUGUACAGCUAAAACCCCUAGUACCUCUCUGCUAAACUUAUUCGCUAUCUGUUAUAAAUACUUUUUUAUGAAGGUUAAUAUUUCUAGACUACAAUUAUAAGGAAAAAAAAAACAUUUUAUAAAAAACGUAAUUCAGGAAUUCGAACAAAGUUAAAUUACAACGUACAAUACCGUGAUUGGCUGAAAUCCAAGUUCCAUAUAAACCGGUUCGAACCAGUUUUGGCGAAGUCCGGUUACAUCCAGAUUUUUAACGACUUAUUAAAUUCAUAUGAAAAGUUCAUCAUGUCGCUUUUGACUGUUUGAAAUUACAUACGCAGGAGUAUUUAUAACAGAUGCAAUACCUAGAAUGUUGUGAAAAGGUUGUAAGUCACGAAAAGUGCAUUUAGUGUGUGUAUAGUUGAUAUCAGCAUCGUCUAAGAUCGCUCUUACAUCGGCUGGCGAUUCGGUCCAUUCCGAAUAUCAUAUCCGCCCAUUUACCAUUUUAGAACAUCUCACGACCGAUGUUAAAAGUUUAUCUAUGCCUGUAACUCAGCAGCGUGAAGUUUUACCAACAUUAACUUCAAAAGAUUUACUAAGUAAGAGUACUCUUCAAAUAUAAGUCAAUAUAAAUAUAAAUACCAGGGCCUUAUACUAUUAGUUUGUCCCGAUUAGUAGUUUUUUUUUUAAAGUAGUCACCAUUUUGUUAUAUAGUUUUUGCAAAAAAUGUUUGCCUUGUUUAAAUAUAAAUACGGUCCUGGUUUAUGAUUGGAUUAGCCUAAUUUGUGGUCUAGUCGAAUAAGUUCUAAGUGAUUUCGAAUAUGUGUGAUUUACUAUAAAUAAAUAAUAUAUCAAUAA